AUGAGCAGACCAAAAACAAUCGAUUCAUUCUUUAAGAAAAAAUGUGCGAGUCAUUCAGAGGUUAAUAGUGAUACACCUUUAAAUAGACCGUUAGCAACGGAUCUUAAUGCUUCAGUGACUGAUGAACGGCCUUCCAAAUGUCCAAGAAUCCUUCCUGAAGAAAUUGAUGCCACCUCUCUGCAACGUGAUCCAGGAAAACGUCUGCAAAUAUGGGAAUUUCCUGUAAACUUACAAGAUGAAAUGCGACGUGCUUAUCUUAGAGCUGGCCCAUGUCAACCUAUUCUUAAACCUACAGAAUAUCCAGUUUCAGGACCGGAGAAUAAUCGUCGUCGAUUUCAAGCUUCUUGGUUUCAGACAUACUCAACUUGGUUGGAAUAUUCGGAAUCAAAGGAUGCUAUCUUUUGUCAUCCAUGUUACAUUUUUGCUAAGAAAUCAACAGGUCGUCCAGGAUCAGAUGCAUUUACAGUGAAAGGUUUUAAGAAUUGGAAAAAGGUGAACGAUGGAAUGAAUUGUCCUUUAAUGGGGCAUGUGGGGACAGAUCCCAAUUCACCACAUAAAAUUGCUGUGAAAUGUUGUGAAGAUCUGAAGAAUUAUUCACGGCAUAUUGGCAAGUUAAUUGAAAAACAGUCAUCACGGGAAAUAGAGAAUAAUCGAUUGCGGGUCAAAACCUCAAUAGAUAGUGUUCGAUGGCUAGCAUUUCAAGCAUGUGCAUUCAGAGGUCAUGAUGAAAGCUCCGACUCAAAAAAUCAAGGUAACUUCAUUGAAUUGAUAAAGUUUUUAGCAACUUUUAAUGAUAAAGUUGAUGGAAUUGUGUUGACAAAUGCUCCACGGAAUGCCAAAUAUACAUCACCCCAAAUUCAAAAAGAAAUUUUGCAUAUCUUUGCAACUAAAGUACGAGAUGUGAUUCGUAAAGAAAUUGGGGAUGCUAAAUUUUGCAUUCUUGUUGAUGAAGCUCGGGAUGAGUCAAAAAAGGAGCAAAUGGCAAUCAUUUUGAGAUUUGUUGAUAAAGAUUGUUUUAUUCGAGAGAGAUUCUUUCAUAUUGUCCAUGUCAAAGAUACUACUGCAUUAACUUUAAAAAAGAAGAUAUGUGAUGUCCUUUCUUGUAACGACCUCAAAAUUCAGAAUAUUCGAGGUCAGGGAUAUGAUGGAGGUAGUAAUAUGCGUGGAGAAUGGAAUAGGCUACAAGCUUUAUUUCUUAGAGAAUGUCCAUAUGCAUAUUAUGUGCAUUGCUUUGCUCAUAAGCUACAAUUAGCUUUGGUUGCAGCAUCUAGAGAAGCAAAAUCUGUUCAUCAAUUCUUUGAGAAUUUGAAUUUUAUUAUCAACAUUGUUGUUGGUUCUUCAAAACGCAAUGAUGAAUUGCAAUCUGCUCAAGUUGCUGAAAUUGAAAGUAUGAUUGCUUCUAAUGAAAUUGAGACUGGAAUGGGGGGCCAACCAAAUUGCUUGAUAAGAAUGUUACAUGCUACUUGUUCAGUUCUCGACACUAUCUCAAAGGAUGGAACCAACUAUUCUCAGCGCGGUGAUGCUGAAGCGGCUUAUAUGGUAUUAACAUCAUUUGAAUUUAUUUUGAUAUUACAUUUGAUGAAAGAGAUUAUGGGAUUUACUAAUUGUCUUUGUCAAGCUUUGCAACAAAAUUCUCAAGACAUUUUAAAUGCCAUGAAAUUGGUUUCAACUACAAAAUCACUUCUUCAGAAUUUGAGAAAUGAAAAGUGGGAGCAUUUCCUUGAUACUGUUAAAUCAUUUUGUGAAAAAAAUGAAAUUGAUGUUCCUGAUAUGAAUGCUCGUUACACUAGAGCUCGAGGUAGAUCAUGUCGCCAAAAUGAAGAAUCUUUCAUGACAAUGGAGUAUCAUUUUAAAAUUGAUGUAUUUAUUGCUGCAAUAGACUUCCAAUUGCAAGAACUGGAUAAUAGAUUUAGUGAGCAUGCAGUGGAACUUCUUCGUCUUAGUGCCGCUUUAAGCCCUCAAGAUGCAUACAAAUCAUUUAAGAUCGAUGAUAUAUGCAACUUAGUUGAGAAGUUCUAUCCUCAAGAUUUUACCGAGCAAGAGAAAAUCAUUUUGAGAUUUCAAAUGGAUCAUUAUAAGCUUGAUGUGCCAAAACAUUCAGAUUUUCAGAAUAUGUCCACUUUAUCUGAGUUGUGCAGAGGAUUAGCAAUUUCAAGAAAAUCAAAGAUUUAUAAUUUGAUUGACAGGUUGAUUCGUCUAGUGUUGACUCUCCCUGUUUCUACCGCUACUACUGAACGAGCAUUUUCUGCCAUGAAACUUGUAAAAACUAGAUUACGUAGCAGAAUGGAAGAUGAGUUUCUAGCAGAUAAUUUGAUAGUUUAUAUCGAGAAAGAAAUUGCUAAGGAUUUCACUACAGAGAUGAUAAUGGAUGAGUUUUAUUCCAUGAAAGACCGUCGACGUUGA